AUGCGCGAUGUGCACAUCCUGUCCUACAAUGAGGACAUGAAGAAUGCUGCGUAUGUAAAAACAUGGGUGGGUGAGCUUGUACCGCAAGAUCCCUCCAAGAAUGGAUGGUACGAGAGCGGUGGGAAGCCACGAGGAGGAGGAUGGGGAAACGUCACUAAUAUUCGCUUCGAAAACUUUCAUGUUGAGGGAUCCUCGGCUGGUGCCAGCAUCAACCAAAAUAGUGGCGAUAAUGGCUCUUAUGCAGGCACAUCCAAGAUGUUGGUUUCUGACGUGACUUUUGUGAACUUCACUGGCUAUAUCAGUAACUCAAAGAGCGGUUCAGUUUCCUGCUCAAAACGCUACCCAUGCUAUAACAUCGCCUUCGAGGACUUUUCCCUCGCGCAUGGCUCGAAUGGGACCGCGACCAAUGCGACUGGUAGCUGCUCCUACAUUAAACCCGGUGGCGUUAUAGGACUAAAUGGAUGUGGUAAUUAG